UAUCGCGUCAGUACAAACUUUGUAAGUGUAUGCAUCAUAUGUGUCAAAUUUUGGAACGCUCAACUCACCAUAGCCCCGCCUCCUCAGUUCCGGCAUUUUGGCUCCGGAAGUACCGUACUUUUUUUUGGUUCACAGGAAAAGGAAAAAAAACUGCAAAAAUGCCUGCCACUAAAAGACACAAGUCUUUUCAGGCUUCUCAAGCGAAGAGAAGAAAGGAGGAUCAGAAUGAAGUCGCCAUGCCAUCCAACAAAACGACACCAGCCUCUGCAACGUCAAGCAACCCCCAAAGAGAAGCACCUUUGCGGAGAAGGAAUAAGAAAAAGUCCCCCGCAGUACUAAAAGAGGGAAAUAAACCUGCAGGGUCCAGCUGCCAUUCCUCCAAGAAAAAAUCAACUCAAAAGGCCAGGACUAGGACCAAGUUCAAUCCACCUGUAAAGAACGCCAAGCUGCUGAAAGCCACAAGUGCCUCCUCAAAGAAUCCCAACUCUAAAGGAACCCUAAAAAGACCAGCCAAGAUCUUCAAAACUGCUUCCACAGAGUCCGAUGAGGAGUUUAUCAGAACUCAUAAACCACAUUGCAUCAGAAAAUACUCUAAUGGGGAUCGAGGUAAGCGUAAAGGGUCACAGUCUAACCUGAAUGAAGAAGUAUUGCUCUCAGACCCUGUGCAGAGGGAUCACAAUUAUGGUAUACCCUCUGCGUCUUAUGGUAGUCAUUCUGAAAUUGAGGAAAAUAAAAGGAAAAGAGUCAGAGAGUCCACCAGAGGCCCAGAGACCCAGAGAGAUGUGAAGAUGGAAACUCAAAUGUCUUCAGAACCCUUACCUGAACAAUCUGGACAGAUGAAGCGGAGCAGUGAGACUCAUGAGGUGCAGGAUAAUUCCAUGACCCCCCCUACAGAUGAAUUUAGUGAGAGUGUCAACUCCAAUCCUGACAUAAAAAUGUCUCCUCCAGCAUCCCCUGAGAAAGCUUCAGACCCCAUCCAUAAGCAGGUGAACCAGAAUAAUUCCAUGACCACCCCCCCAACAGAUGAAUUUAGUGAGAGUGUCAACUCCAAGCCUGACAUAAAAAUGUCUCCUCCAGCAUCCCCUGAGAAAGCUUCAGACCCCAUCCAUAAGCAGGUGAACCAGAAUAAUUCCAUGACCACCCCCCCAACAGAUGAAUGUAGUGAGAGUGUCAACACCGAGCCUGGCAUAAAAAUGUCUCCUCCAGCGUCCCCUGAGAAAGCUUCAGACCCCAUCCAUAAGCAGGUGAACCAGAAUAAUUCCAUGACCACCCCCCCAACAGAUGAAUUUAGUGAGAGUGUCAACACCGAGCCUGGCAUAAAAAUGUCUCCUCCAGCGUCCCCUGAGAAAGCUUCAGACCCCAUCCAUAAGCAGGUGAACCAGAAUAAUUCCAUGACCACCGCCCCAACAGAUGAAUUUAGUGAGAGUAUCAACACUGAGCCUGGCAUAAAAAUGUCUCCUCCAGCAUCCCCUAAGAAAGCUUCAGACCCCAUCCAUAAGCAGGUGAACCAGAAUAAUUCCAUGACCACCGCCCCAACAGAUGAAUUUAGUGAGAGUAUCAACACUGAGCCUGGCAUAAAAAUGUCUCCUCCAGCAUCCCCUAAGAAAGCUUCAGACCCCAUCCAUAAGCAGAUGAACCAGAAUAAUUCCAUGACCACCCCCCCAACAGAUGAAUUUAGUGAGAGUGUCAACACUGAGCCUGGCAUAAAAAUGUCUCCUCCAGCAUCCCCUGAGAAAGCUUCAGACCCCAUCCAUAAGCAGGUGAACCAGAGUAGACAGAAACAUGAGGAGCAGAAUGAUUCCGUGACCAUCCCUACAUAUCAAGUUAGUGAGAGUGUAGCGAGCAAGAUGGAUGCAUAUAAAAAGUCUGCAGAUCCCAUACCUGAACUACUAAAACAGAGCACGGAGACACAGGAAAUGCAGGAAAAUUCCAUGACCACCCAUACAGAUAAAGUUAAUGAACAUUUAGAGAUUAAGGUCGGUGCAAAAAUAUUGUCUCCUCCAGCCAUCGGCUUAGUAGCAUAUAGUAACAGUAGUGAUUCUGAAUGUGAAAGUGAGGGAAAUGACAGGACGGGAGUCACAGAGUCAAUAGAUGUGAAGAUGAAAACUCAAGCAUCUUCAGAGAAGGCUUCAGACCCUGUCCAUGAACAGGUGAAGGAGAGCAGUGAGACGAGGCAGAUGCAGGAGGAUCCCAUGACCACCCCUACAUAUGAAGUUACCGAGGAUUCCAUGACCACCCCUACAUAUGAAGUUACCGAGGAUUCCAUGACCACCCCUACAUAUGAAGUUACCGAGGAUUCCAUGACCACCCCUACAUAUGAAGUUACCGAGGAUUCUAUGACCUCCCCUACUGAGAGUGUAGACACCAAGCUUGAUGCAAAUAUAAAGCCUCCUCCAUCUAUAGAAGUAUAUUCAGAGGAGGCUUCAGACCCUGUCCCUGAACAGGUGAAUCCUGAACAGGUGAAUCAGAUAUACAUUGAAAUAGAGAAGGUGCAGGAAGAUUCCAUGACCACCCCAACAGAUGAAGUACGUGAACUCUUAGAUUGCACGCUUGAUGCAGAAAUAAUGUCCCUGCCACCUUUAGAAGCAUCCUCUGAGGAGACCCAUACAUUUGAAGUUAGUGAGAGUGUAGAGACCAAGUGUUCAGAACUUGCACCUGGACAUGUGACGCAGUGCACUGAGAUGCAGGGCGAUUCCACGCCAACCCAUGCAGAUCAACUAAGUGAGAGUGUAGAAACCAAGCUUGAUAUCGAAGUAAAUUCUGCUCCAUCUGUAGAACUAUCCUCUGAGGAGACUUCAGACAUUGUCUCUGUCUCAGAGCAGGUGCCUCAGAGCAGUGAGACACAGGAAGUCCAGGAAGAUUCCAUGACCACCCUUACAGAUGAACUUAGGGAAAGUUUAGGAACAAAGUCGGGUGCUAAAAUAAAGUCUCCACCCUUAGAGGUGCUUUUCAGUGCUCUAAAGGAUUCCAGUCUUUGCAAACAUCCCCUGUCUCAUACGAUGCGCUCAAAUGUCAAAGAGUUUCUGGGAGUAGAGGAUUCUUUAGAAAUCACUAAAAAAGACUGUGACUUUGGUGUAACGGAGAGCAUUGAGUGUACUUUAGACCUGGGGACUCCGAUUAUUGUCGAGGAUAUGGAGAUCGGCCACUGUGUUGUGGAGGUGGUGGGAGAGAAUGGAGAUGAGGUGGAUAGUGAUCUGGAAAUCAUAGACAACUCUGAGAGGCCAGAGAAGACACUUGAGCUAACCAAAGGGUCUGAAGAAGAGUGCAGUGUGGAUAAAAGUGAAGAUGGUAUUGAAAAGAAAGGCACAAGUUCCUCUAACCAAGACAGCACAAAUAGUGGGAAGAAGGAAGCUACUAAAAAAACACAGGGUAGCCUGGACAAACCCAAGAAACAGCAGAUGAACCCUCAGGCCCGGACCAAAGCCCGACUAGCAGCGCUAGCUGAGCAAAAGGCAGCUGCCUCCAAAAAAGCGAGCAGGCAGCUCAACCUCCUGGCCCUAUGUGAAGAAAUAGCAGAUGAUAUCGCCACUGACACAAUGUUAAUAAAGACGAAGGAGGAGGAGGAGCAGGUUGUAACAAUUAAGGCUGAACCCAGCAAGGAGCCAGAAUGCACACUGCCUGUCACACAGGCUGAGACUGUUCCGAUACCUCCUACUCCUGCCCGGCCCGAGGAACCGUCUCCAGCAGUAGAACCCUCCGCUGAGGAGCCUGCUCCAGCCAAGCCCCCAGCUCCAGAGCCACCUCGGAGGCGUUUCUUCAUCAGCCAAGUGACGGUACCCCUCAAAAUCCAUGAGAAGAAGAAGCUUACCAGGUUCCAGAGGCUGCGGCAGGUGGAACUGCAGCGGGAGAAGAAUAUGUCCUGGACCAUGGUGAAGAAGCUCAAGUCCGAUCAGAAGAUGAUUCCAGAGACUGAGACUAAACCUUCCCCUCCAGCAGCAGCACCUGUCCAAGUGACCACCCUCCCACCCCCCUCAGCCAGUCCAGCAGCACCCACAGUAGCUGCACUCUCCCCAACCAGUCAAGAAGUGACCCCAAAAGUUGAGCCCCCAAAAGUUGAGCCCCCAAAAGUGAGUAAGGGACCCACCCUGAGAAAGAGGACGCUUCCAGCAGAACCCCCGCCGAUGCCCAACGGGCUGAAAGCUCAGAAGGCCAAGCCUGUGGUGGAGUAUAAGCCUUACAAAUCCAGGCCCAAGUACUCCUUUGAUGACUUUGAAUGUGAUGACGAGCCGAAACCCACAGUGCAGAAGGCAGCAGUGAGACCUACAGCUACUACUAUUCAGAGGGCAGCAGUGAGACCGACACCUAGUACCAUUCAGAGGGCAGCAGGGAGAACUACACCUACCACCAUUCAGAGGUCAGCAGUGACACCUACCACCAUUCAGAGGUCAGCAGUGACACCUACCACCAUUCAGAGGUCAGCAGUGACACCUACCACCAUUCAGAGGUCAGCAGUGACACCUACCACCAUUCAGAGGUCAGCAGUGACACCUACCACCAUUCAGAGGUCAGCAGUGACACCUACCACCAUUCAGAGGUCAGCAGUGACACCUACCACCAUUCAGAGGUCAGCAGUGACACCUACCACCAUUCAGAGGUCAGCAGUGACACCUACCACCAUUCAGAGGUCAGCAGUGACACCUACCACCAUUCAGAGGUCAGCAGUGACACCUACCACCAUUCAGAGGUCAGCAGUGACACCUACCACCAUUCAGAGGUCAGCAGUGACACCUACCACCAUUCAGAGGUCAGCAGUGACACCUACCACCAUUCAGAGGUCAGCAGUGACACCUACCACCAUUCAGAGGUCAGCAGUGACACCUACCACCAUUCAGAGGUCAGCAGGGAGACCUACACCAGUGUCCGAAAAUGGCAAACAUGAAGACUCAAAACCUACCGUGCAGAAGCCAGAAAACAGGGGUCAGAAAACAGUAGGACCUACCGCGCCGAAAACAGGACAUAUCACACAGAAAACAGUAGGACCUACCGCGCAGAAUACAGUACCAACUGUACAGAAGGCCGUAGAGAUACCAACCCCUAUGUCCAAAAAUGGUAAACAUGAGGGAUGCAAACUUACUGUACAGAAUGCAGUAGUACCUACCGUACGCAAGGCAGACACGCCUAGACCCAGUGUACAGAAGGCAGCGGUGGUACCUAUAUCUUCCCCCAAAACGGAGCAGAAAGCAGAAGCACCACCUACGGCCAAAACUGGCGAAGAUGAGGAUUCCAUAGCACCAGUGUCCUCCCCUCCCUCUGAAGAGCCCCCAAGAGAUUAUGUUGACAAAGAGCAGUGUGAAGAAAAGCCUGCUGUUACUGAGAUUAAACCCGCAUCCCCAGAGGACAAGACAACAACAAAGAAUGCCGUUGACUCUGGGGUGGUUCAAUCAGCAGGUAAUAGCAGUCCCCUCUCUGACGAAAGUCUGCAGAAAGAAAUCAAGAAACUAAAGGAGACCGACGAAGAUGGAAAUCAAGCCAUUAUUGAUGCAGGGCAGAAGCACUUUGGCCCAGUGACCUGCAGUGUGUGUGGGAUGCUGUAUUCCGCUGCCAACCCAGAGGAUGAAUCCCAGCAUUUGCUCUUCCACAACCAGUUCACCAGUGCUGUCAGAUAUGUGGGGUGGAAGAAGGAGAGGAUUUUGGGGGAGUACCCCGAUGGCAAGAUCAUUCUUGUCCUUCCAGAUGACCCCAAAUAUGCACUGAAGAAGGUUGAGGAGAUUCGAGAGAUGGUGGACAAUGACCUGGGCUUCCAGCAGGUUGAGACCAAGUGUCCCUCCCAGACUAAAACCUUCCUGUUUAUCUCCAAUGACAAGAAGGUAGCUGGUUGCCUUAUCGCUGAGCACAUUCAGGAGGGCUACAGGGUCAUUGAGGAAGCGGUGCCCGAGGGCUCAGAGGGAGAGAAGGUGAUGUUUGAGCGUCAGAAAGCCUGGUGCUGUUCCACCAACCCAGAGCCAGCCCUCUGUGGCAUCAGCCGCAUCUGGGUCUUCAGCAUGAUGAGACGGAGGGGCAUCGCCUCACGCAUGAUCGAGUGUCUCAGGAACAACUUCAUCUACGGCUCCUACUUGAGCAAGGAGGAGAUCGCUUUCUCCGACCCCACGCCCGACGGGAAGCUCUUUGCUACACACUACUGUGGCACCUCGCAGUUCCUGGUUUAUAACUUUGUCAGUGGAACUCGUUCAGACCAACCAAGUCCUAAUUUGGUGUAACCAAUCGCAUCAAGGUGGAUUUUUGUUGAGGUCCAGCGACUCCUCACCAACCAAUCUUGUCGUGGACAUCCUGUCACAAGCACAUUGUGGCUCUUUUAGACUGAAUGUUUAGACUCAUCAAAGACUACUGUACUGACUCUUCUGAGGGGAAAUCUUGGUUUUUAAUCUCAGGUUGAAAACAACGUGUUGUUUAAAAGAUUUAAAAUCUCCCUUUAAUCCCUGCAUAGUAUUUUGAGACAAAUAAUAUUUUUAUUUAUGUUUUUUAAAUAAGAAACAAGCUUUUAUUGGCAGUAUUAAAGAGUUUACAUGCAUUAAGCUUGACAGCAAUAGAAAACAGCAUUUCACGAUUCAUAGUUUUUGAAGAUCCACUUAAUUUUACUCAAACGGUUCUAAAACAAUGUUAUCCUGUUCUAAUAAUGCUUUUCAUUCAUGUUGAGCAUCUUAAAAACUGUUAGAAGUUGCUAAUAUUAAGAUGAGUUGUCAUGUGUACACAAGGGGUUGUUCUUACACACUUCCAUGUUCAUCAUCUCUUUACUUUUAAUGAAGGAAUGCCACCUGACGUUCCAUUAUGUGAUACAGAGUACAUUAUUGUUAAGGUCACUCUCACAGAAUUUAUCAGAAUGUGGUGGUUUGAUUCUGUUGAGUGAAGUUUUCACUCACCAAUUUCUUCAUUUCAUGAUCGUUCUCAGUCUUGUUGCCAUGUGUCCUAAUCAUGUCCAUAAUUUAAAACGGAGAGUCCUAUUUGGGAUAGUUAUCCUCCUUAGGCAGUAAGUUGCAUGGACUAGCAGGAAGAAAAACUGAGAUAAUAAUGGUUGGAUUUCUGUAUGGGGCAUUUUUCUGUAGUGCUUCUAGUCAAGGCUCUUCACCCAAGUUGCCUCAGAAAUAUAUCUAACUGCAGAAAUGUUAAAUGUGAGCUGUGAUAUUAAGUGAAUCGCUAAGGUAGUCAGCAUUCGCUCAUUUCUGCCUGUGUAUGUUUGUGCCUGCCAUGAAUCAUAAACCUCAACCUGACUGUUAGAUUUCACUGACAGACUGAUCGUACUGUAGACUCCCUCAAAUGUUCUCAUCCAAACUGCCCUUAUUUGAAGCCCCCCCCCCCCUGAAAUCACCAUUUUUAAUAAUUGACCAUUUCUUCUAUUGGCAGAAAGUUUUAUUCACAUUUAGGACCUCAUUGAUAAGAUAUUAAGAGUUAAAAGUAAAUCACGUAAAUAUGAAUAAUAUAAAUGUCAUUGAAAGGGUUUAAAAGCUCAGGGUUAUUUGUUUUUUGAGGGAGUUGAAAACACCAUCCAUGUCAAAGGUGAUUAUCACAGCAAACCAAGGGACAGUUGUUCAGCCAUCAAAAAGGGUUGUGAGUCAUACAUUUUCUGGUAUCAAUGAUUUAUUCAUCACAUUGCCCUUCAUUUUGAAACAUUUUCUUUCAGAAAUAUUGUGGGUCAUGUAAGAAAACACAUUUUGAUUUAUAAAGAGCUGUCAUGUAAAUAGUUAUUUAAAAAUAAACUAUCCUGCCCUGC